UUCCCUUCCCCCUCUUCCCUCCCCCCCCUCCAAGGCUUCCACUUUCCAUCACCUCUUCGGGGCGGUCGUCCCUCCGCACCGUCACCUGCCCACCUAACCCGGCUGCGCGCCCUCCCGCGACCCCGCUCCAGCACCCCCCCCGCCCCUACUUCCCCCACGGGGUGCCCCGCAGCUCCCCUCCCGCUUCCGCGCUCCCCUCCCCCCUGCCGGGCGCCGCUUCCCCGCUCCCGCUCCCUCCGCGUCUUUUCCUCUCCCCUCCCCGCGAAGUUUCGGGGCUGUCAGUCUGUCAGUCUUUUGGGCAGUCGGCACCCGAGCUACAGGCGGCGGGCGCCAUUGCGAGCAGAGCCGGCUGGGGCCGGAGGCCGGGGCGCCCGGGUCCCGCCGGCGGCGGGGAGACCCGACCAGCCCCCCGCCAGGUACGGGCCGCGGAGGCGCCCAGCGGCCGGCGGCUCCGCCCGCUCCCCCUUCUACGCCGACACUCAGUCACCGCCCGCUCCGCGCAGCUCCUGCAGUGACAGCUGGAGGGCCCAGGAGAUGAAGUUCCCGGCUCCCCACCCUGGUCUUCCACUCUCCACCCUCUCCCCAGAGAAUCGAUUGAUUCCUGACGUCCCCCGGCAAGGGCGCUGUGGGGUGGGGAGCACUGGACGGCUUGGCCUGGUUCAGAGACCAGCCAGGGUCCGUGGCCUGAUCCCCCAGGAGCAGCUACCCUGGGUUGCCAUGAGAGAGACCUUUGAGGCCCUCAGCAACCUGGGGUUCUCUGUGGGACAGCCGGAGAUGGCCCCCCAAAGUGAGCCUGGGGAAGGGUCCCAUGAUACCCAGGAGCAGAUGUCGCCUCCCAGGGAAGACAGCGUGCUGGGCACAUGCUCAGGGCACGAGGCCCCAAGACCAGAGGAAGAUGUCCACGGUGAGGAAGCUGAAGCUCCCUGUGGAGGAGACCAGAAGGCGGAGCCCCCGAGCUCUUGCCCAGGGGAUGAGUGGAUGAUUCGGAAGGUGAAGGUGGAGGAGGAGGAUCAGGAGGCGGAAGAGGAGGUCGAAUGGCCCCAGCAUCUCUCGUUACUCCCCGGCCCUUUCCCGGCGUCGGACUUGGGGCCUCUGGCCGCCGCCUACAAGCUGGAGCCGGGGGCCCCGGGGACGCUGGGGGGACUGGCGCUGGUCGCGUGGGCCCCGACCUCGGAGAAGCCCUACGGCUGCGAGGAGUGCGAGCGGCGGUUCCGGGACCAGCUGACCCUGCGGCUGCACCAGAGGCUGCACCGCGGCGAGGGCCCCUGCGCCUGCCCGGACUGCGGCCGCAGCUUCGCGCAGCGCGCGCACAUGCUGCUGCACCAGCGCAGCCACCGCGGCGAGCGGCCUUUCCCCUGCUCCGAGUGCGACAAGCGCUUCAGCAAGAAGGCCCACCUGACCCGCCACCUGCGCACGCACACCGGCGAGCGGCCCUACCCGUGCGCCGAGUGCGGCAAGCGCUUCAGCCAGAAGAUCCACCUGGGCUCGCACCAGAAGACGCACACGGGCGAGCGGCCCUACCCCUGCACCGAGUGCGAGAAGCGCUUUCGCAAAAAGACGCACCUGAUCCGCCACCAGCGCAUCCACACCGGCGAGAGGCCCUACCAGUGCGCGCAGUGCUCGCGCAGCUUCACGCACAAGCAGCACUUGGUGCGGCAUCAGCGGGUGCACGAGGCGGCCGGCCGCGCCCCGGCCUCGCCCGACGCGGCCGCCUCGCCCGGGUCCCCCGCCCCGUCCCCCACCCCGUCCCCGCUCGGCCCCAAGCCUUUCUCCUGCUCCGACUGCGGCCUGAGCUUCGGCUGGAAGAAGAACCUCGCCACGCACCAGCGUCUGCACCGCAGCGAGGGGCGCCCCUUUGGCUGCGACGAGUGCGCCCUGGGCACGACCGGGGACCCCGCCGCCGCCGAGCCGUCGGCCUGCGCGCCCGGAGGCGCGGCGGCGGCGGCGGCCCAGGGCGCUCCCGCGGGCGAGCGGUCCUUCUUCUGCCAGGACUGCGGGCGCGGCUUCGCCCACGGGCAGCACCUGGCGCGGCACCAGCGGGUGCACACGGGCGAGCGGCCCUUCGCCUGCCCGCAGUGCGGCCGCCGCUUCGGCUCGAGGCCCAAUAUGGUCGCCCACUCGAGAGCCCACAGCGGCGCCAGGCCUUUCGCCUGCGCGCAGUGCGGCCGCCGCUUCAGCCGCAAGUCGCACCUGGGCCGCCACCAGGCGGUGCACACGGGCAGCCGGCCCCACGCCUGCGCCGUCUGCGCCCGCAGCUUCAGCUCCAAGACCAACCUGGUGCGCCACCAGGCCAUCCACACGGGCUCCCGCCCCUUCUCCUGUCCGCAGUGCGGCAAGAGCUUCAGCCGCAAGACCCACCUGGUGCGCCACCAGCGCAUCCACGGCGAGGCCGCCCACCCGGCCUCCGACGCCGACCUCCCGGCCCCGGCCUGGCCCCCUCCCCCAGAGGCGGCCGCGCCCCCGCUCUUCUUCUGAGCCUGGUUCUCGUCGAGACCCUUCCUGGGCUCGCUGGCGGGAGAGACGCACGCCCGAGAUCUUCUGGGCAGCGAGCGCGGCGGCCUGGGCCCCUGGCGGCUGUUCUUCCCUCCUUAUCUUGCUGGAGAGAAGUCGGGAAAGGGUAACCAGCUUGGACGCUCUGUGACAAAGACAAUGCUACGAUGGAAGGCUCGCCGCGGACAGUUCAGGCCUGAGUCCUGGGAAGACUCCCACUAAGAGAGCCCGUCAGAAAGCAGCCGUUUCUUGGACACCCCCCUACACACACGGCCAAGAGCUGACUGGGUCCGCAACCGCUGCAGGGGGGUGAAAGAAUGGUUAUCUGUGUACUUAAAGUGUCAUUAAAAUUAAAAUCCGGAGGAUCCGGGGCUGUUA